UUUUGCUAGAUGACAUUAACGGCAGUAAAGUGUUCUAGUUCCUAGGAAUGGUCGUUAAUUUAAAAGUAAUAAUAUAAAUAAUUAAAUACCUAUCAUGGCGCAUGUACAAAAUGGUGAAUAUAAAAAAGUUCCUGUUGAAGAUGUUGCUGAAAAUGUAACAAAAUUAAAAGAACCUACAUAUGGGUAUGGUGUACGUCACGUGCAGACAUUUAUAUUCUUCUUUAGUCUUUUAGUAGGAUACUUAGCUAGAGCCCACCUUGGAGUAAGCAUUGUUGCUAUGACUUAUUAUCCACCAAAUAUUAAUGAUAUUCAUAAAUUAGGGAAUGAAAUUUCACAUGUAAGACGAACACUAAAUAAUCUAACUUUGGAAAAUAAUGAAAGCGACGCGUCAGUUUUAGAAAAGAAUGACGUCGAAAGUAAAAUAUAUUAUGAAGAGGAACUCAAAAGAAUGAGAAAUAUUACUAGUGAUGAAAAUGGGAUUUACAAGAAAUACAAUUGGUCUAAGCCAAUUCAGGAAAUGAUUCUGACGUCGUCCUACCUGGGUUAUUGCGUUAUGCAGUACGUGAUGAGUAUGGUCGCCCAGCGCUGGGGUGGGAAGUUUCCUCUGCAGAUUGGUUUGUUUGUCAACGGAUUUGCCUCAAUAGUUACGCCUUGGCUUGCUUUUUGGGGAGGUUGGAAGGCAGUUUGUGCAUGUCGCAUUCUUCAAGGCAUAUCGCAAGGAGGAUUUUUUCCAUCUAUCCAAACUUUACUGGCCCAAUGGGUUCCACCAAAUGAGUUGGCUCGUCUUAGCAGCUUUGUGUAUACAGGGACAGUAUUAGGGACAAUAAUAGCGUUCCAAAUAGGUGGAAUAUUAUCCGCUAGUCCUUGGGGUUGGCCCUCAAUUUUCUGGGGGACUGGCGUACUAUGUUUUUUCGCUUUUAUAGUUCUCACUAUAUUUGGAGCGGCAACACCACAUGAACAUAAGACGAUAUCUGAAAGAGAAAAAACAUAUAUUACUCAUACGAUGAAUAAUAUUAAUAUAAAGAAACCCAGAGUACCACUAAAAGCAGCUCUGAGUUCGAAGCAUACCUGGGCGGUAUACAGCACGCACAUCGGAAGCAGCACCGCCUUCUUGUUCGUGUUCAUGCAAGUUCCGUCUUACAUCCACUACACUUUGGGUGUCAACGUUAAAAAUAGUGGCCUCUUCUCCUCGCUCCCUUACGUGGCGAGUUUUUUCGCCUCCAUAUUUUAUGGAAUACUAUCAGAUAUUCUGACAAAUAAGAAAAUUUUAAGUGUGAAAACUGCUAGAAGAUUAUUCAACACCAUUGCACAAAUUGGAACUGCUGUGUGUCUAAUAGCUGUAUCUUACACUAAGGAUGUUAGCCUAGCUGUAGGAUUACUGGUUAUAGCGCAGGCUACACACGUCGCUAUACAUGUCGGAUGGAUGGUAAACUACAUAGAUUUAACAUCAAAUUACAGCGGCGCUAUACUAGCUAUCGGAAACACUUUCAUGAAUUUGUUUACGUUGAUGAUACCCGUUCUAGUGUCUAAUAUUGUUAUCGAUGUGUCAAAUCAGACACAAUGGCGGGUGAUGUUCUACCUGAUGGCAGGGCUCGCUCUCGUCACCAACGCCAUCUUCGUGGUAUUCAUGUCUGCGGAGAGACAGCCGUGGGACGACCCGAACUAUCAGAAAACAGAUCGUGAGGAAAUAGCCAUGGAAAUCGACAAGCCAACUAAACAGAUAUAAUCGCUAUUAUUCUUUGAAUUGAUAUUCUAAGACA